CAGAUCUCUCCUCCGCCGCGCACGCGCGCGUGUUCGUUCCCGUCCGAUGGUCGCCUCCGACUCCGCGCGACGCACACGCCCGCGAAAGUCGCCGCCGGAGGACCCCGCGACGGCGCUCCCGGACGACAUGCUCCUUGAGGUCUUCAAGCGGCUGCCGCCCCCCACGGAUACCAUCCGCUGCGCCGCGGUGUGCCGGCGCUGGCGCCGCAUAGUCUCCUCUGGCGCACGCGCGGGCUGCCUCCCGACCCCGCCCCGCCACUUCGGCUUCUUCCGCAACUACCACCAGUCUCCGCUGCCCCCGUUCGUCGCCACCGGGUCCGGCGUCGAUCUCGACGUCGGCGGCCUCCUCCCCCGUGUGGUGUCGAAGCGCGGCGUCGACAUCGUCGACGGCCGCGGCGGCCUACUCGUCCUGCGCGAGCGCAGCAAAAAGUUCUGGGAGCUGAAUCUCGUCCUCUGCAGCCCGCUGGAGAGGCCAUACCGGCGGUUGCCGUCGGUGAAUAUCAGUGGGUACGACAUGGCCUGCGCCGCUUUCGUUCCUCUCCAGGGCGUCGGUUUCCGCGUCGCUGCCGUGCUCUUCGGCGGCGCCGAGGACUUGUGGCGCCGCUACGCUGUUCUGGUCUACGACUCCGCUAGCGCUCCCCCGGCCUGGAAGGUGACCACCGGCUCCCGGCAGCGCGGGGAACGGCACUACAAUGCCCACGAGGGACGUCGAAGACGUCGUGUACAGCCUUCAAGACGAGCACAUCAUGGUUGUGGACACUACCAAGAUGACAAUGUCCGUGUUGCCGGAGCCGGUGGCCCGUCCCGACUGGCUGAUUGAGGGCGACCACUGGAUCGGCAAGACUGACGACGGCCGUCUGUGCUUCUUCGUGUUCCACGACUACAAGCCGCUUCUUGUGCAGAGGUGGGCUCUUGGAGCGGAUAGCAAGUGGACUCCGCAGCAGCCGUUGUGGCUGCCCCCGGAGCUCCACGGCGAGAAGCUCACGACGGAAAUCUCCUCUUCCUUCAAGCGUGUGAGAUUCGCUGGGUUCUGCGAGGGCAGCAGGAUGCUCUUCUUCGUCAUGGAUGAUUGGGUAGUUUCUUUCGACAUCGAGACAUUGGAGAUGGAAAGGCUGUGGUGCUGCGAUACCGACGAGCCGCGGCAUCUUGGAGGGCUUAGCAAGGUGUAUCCGUACGAGAUGGUGCCGUGGCCUCCGGUGCUCAAAGAUUUCGCCCAUUGAGUCUUCUCUUCACCGUCCGAUCAAAUGCAAGUAAUUAAGAGGUACUGAUCGUUGUGGAUUUGCCAUCGUCGGAGAAAUACAGCGGGCUGCUCCCAGUCGUUUAGUCGCCCUCCUCCCAUCAUUGUAGUCCCAAGCAUUGAAUUAAGCUAGGAGAGCGUUCAGCGAUCAACAACAGGAUGCGCCUCUGACAGUAGUAUCACUUGGUAUCCAGCGGCGAGUGAUGUACAAUGGCACAAGUGGCACCAUCUCUGUUUCUUUUUCCUUACGUUGAAAAUUGUGUUAGCAGUCGCAUAAUUAUGGUCAUGUACUUUACUAAUGCUUUGGCCUGAAAU